GUUGAUGAAUUAUAAAAGAAAAAAUGAAUCUCGUGGUUCGGACCUCACCAUAAUAAUUGAAUAUUUACAUAUUAAAAUGAUGCAAUUUUUAGUUCAUAUAAUUAAGUUAAGAAAAAUCGAGCGAGAGUGAUCUCUCUCUUCCUUCAUUUGUUGUGAAUCAAAUCGAAAGUCGAAACCCAACCCAGCUGCCAUGGCCAACAUUAGAAACCAAAGAUGGUCACUCAAGGGGAUGACCGCUCUCGUCACCGGCGGAAGCCGCGGCAUCGGACGAGCCACGGUGGAAGAACUUGCAGAAUUCGGGGCCAGGGUUCACACAUGCUGUCGAAGCCAAGAAGAUUUAGACAAAUGUUUGAAAGAAUGGGAAGCAAUGGGCUUCAAAGUGAGUGGCUCUGUAUGCGAUGUCCAAAGCAAAGAACAGAGGAAGAAGCUGAUGGAAACCGUUUCCUCACUCUUCAAUGGGACCCUAAACAUUCUGGUGAAUAAUGCUGGGAGAACGUUGUCGUCGUUGAAGUCGACGGUAGAAGUAACAGAGGAAGAUAUUUCAAGUGUAAUGAGUACAAAUUUUGAGUCGUCGUUCCAUUUUAGCCAACUUGCAUAUCCAUUACUAAAGGCUUCUGGUAAUGGAAGCAUUGUGUUCAUAUCCUCUGUUUCAGGCUUAACGGCCCUUCCUUUCUCUACUCCAUAUGCUGCUUCUAAAGCUGCCAUAAAUCAAAUCACAAAGAACUUGGCAUGUGAAUGGGCAAAAGAUAACAUCCGUACAAACGCAGUGGCUCCAUGGAUCAUCAAAACUCGCCUUGUCGAGCGUUCCAAUGAUGAUCCAAUGCAUGUAAAAGGAAUAGAGCAACUAUUGUCAGUAACGCCUCUUAAACGGGCAGGGGAACCACAUGAAGUUUCGUCAAUGGUUGUUUUCCUUUGUCUUCCAGCUGCGUCUUAUAUUACUGGACAACUUUUUGUUAUUGAUGGAGGCCACACUGUCAAGGCUUACCCCAUACCCGAUCUCUGAAACUAAACAAAACUAGUCUUUGUAUUUCUCUAUGUAAUUUUAAUCAAUUUUAAAAUUAGUAUGGACUUGAAUCUUUAGACUAUAUACAAUCAAUCUAAUUUCCAAUCA